UGGCAUGUUCGGCGUUCCAGUUGGUCGAAUCUACUCCAACACUUUGCUUGACACACUUCCGGUGCGUGAGAAGCUUAAAAAGGAACUAUCAAGUACUGCGUUCAACAGGGCAUCGCAGGUGAUGGGUUGGGUGCCGAUGACAAGAGAGAUACCAGGGUCUGUGGCCACUAACCUUCACCUUGAAGUCUACCACAGCUUCAUAAAUCAGCAAUAUUAAUCAUAGAUUGUCGUUCGUUGCCUAGUAAUCAAGUUGUUGUCUUCGCAGUCCCGCACUUACCUUCGGUGGCCCAGAACCGAAGCUCGAUCGGCUCGUCUUUCUCCCUAGGCCCACAACACAUAGUGAGCUCUCACCGAC